AUGGUGUCUAUAUUAAGGAGGAUGCUAAACGUCAAGGAUCGAAAGGCUCGUCGAGCGUCGUCGCCUGCCACUACGUCCAACAUCUGUGCUUCUCAUACUACUCUCGGCUCCAAAUCCACUACCGAGACCGGCCCCAGGACCGGUCCCCCGCGCCGCGCCAUGUCCCAACCGAUCCUCAUGCAGGCCAACUUGACUGGCAAUGCGAAGCUCGAGGCCGUCACCAGCUUGAUGAACAAGCUUGGCGAGGAUCUAAAGAGCGUCAGCCUGCUUCCGCAGCAACGAGACGCCGCCCUGGAAGAGCUCAAGAUCUAUGGACGGGACCCUAGAGAUGCCGGCCCCAUCUUUACUCCUGAGGGUAUUGAGAUUCUCACGAAGCAUGCCUUCAAUAGCCCCUCGAGCUCAACCUCAAGAGCUGCAUUGAGGGUUCUUGCAAAUGCGAUGCUGCUGAACCCCCAGACCCGGCAGAUGUUCGUUGAUCUUGGUUAUGAGGAUAAAGCUUGCAAGAAGUUGAAGAGCGACAGCUUUGAUGAUGAAUUUCUCGCCUCCAGAGUCAUCUUCCUUACGACUUACGAAACGAACAUUGAUCUCCUUGGUCUCAUCCAGAAGCACGGUCUCGCGGAGACCGUGGUAGAGCAGUUGGGCAAACAUGCAAAGUUACUUGCGAAGGGGCAGAACAAGUCACCCGUCGACCCUAUGGAAGACAUGGCGUUGAAUGAGAUUCUGCGCUUGCUGUUCAACGUGUCUCACUUUUGCUCCUCUGAAGCAUCCGCGUUCACGGCCAGCAUACCUCAUAUCAUAGCCUUGUUGUGGAAGCAGGACAUCUCUCCCAAGAAGCCGCUUGACCCUCCUUUCAACUCCCUAGUCAACGCGCUUCUCAACUUGAAGCUUGAGGACGAGGACACCCAGUCGUCCAUCUACCCAAAGAAUGAGCCCAAGAAGGUGUCCGAGAGGCUGAUCGAGCUGUUGGACCUGUCAUUGAAGGCGUACACGGAUAAUGAGCUGGAGCAAUUGACGACACCCCUCGUUGGCGUCCUGCGGAGGGUACACGAUGGUGCCCCUGAGGAAGUGAAGAAGUAUAUCCGCACAACUCUUCUCCCAACUGAAGAGGACAGAAAGGAGGUUCUCGGCCGUGGUACAUCCCUGACGUCCAGACUGCUGCGUAACUCUACCAACCCCAUGACCCCGCAACUCCGAGACGCCAUCUCACAUCUGCUCUUCGACAUGUCCGACAAAGAUGCGUCCAAGUUUGUCGAAAACGUGGGUUACGGAUUCGCGUCCGGCUUCUUGUUCCAGAACAACAUCCCCAUUCCCGCCAAUGCUUCCGAGGCAUUCAGCAGCGGAGAUGGCCAGCGACAUGUCAACCCCAUUACGGGUCAAUUCAUCGACAAGGAGAAAGACGUCGACGUUCCUGAGAUGACAGAGGAAGAAAAAGAGAGAGAAGCCGAGAGGCUUUUUGUGUUGUUUGAGAGGCAAGUUUGCUCGCCCAUGCAUACAGUCCACCACACUAACGCCCAGCAGAUUGAGAAGAACAGGCAUCGUGGAUAUUCAGAACCCAGUGGAGCAAGCUGUGAGAUCAGGGCGUUUUGA